AUGGAUUUUUCUGAUACUAAUGAUUCAAACAAAAUUCGACUUAAGCGACAAGUUUCACUUUUCAAUGGCUGCGCAAUUAUUAUUGGUGUUAUUGUUGGUUCCGGUAUAUUUGUUAGUCCAAAAGGUGUGUUAAUGCACUCAGGAAGUAUUGGCUUAUCACUGAUAAUAUGGAUUCUGUCAGGAGUUUUUGCCACUGUGGGUUCUUUUCUUUACGCUGAACUUGGUACAACAAUUCCUAAAAGUGGUGGAGAUUAUGCAUAUAUCAACGAGGCAUUUGGAUCUCUUCCAGCAUUUUUAUACCUCUGGGCAGCGCUAAUAAUCAUCAUUCCUACAUCGAACGCAAUUAUGGCAUUAACAUUCGCCAAAUAUACACUUCAGCCGUUCUUCGGCACUUGUGAUGCGCCUGAUUCUGCUGUAAGAUUAUUAGCAGCUUGCAUGAUUUGUCUUAUAACUUUCAUCAAUUGCUUCAGUGUGAAAUUGGCGAUGAAAUUACAGAAUAUUUUUUCUGUCGCCAAAAUAAUUGCUCUGUGCAUCAUUAUCGGAGCUGGCAUUUUUUGGAUGUUUUCAGGUAAUAUUGAGCAUUUAGAACCAUCGCAGUUAUUCGAGGGAUCAGAAUUCAAUCCAAGUCGUAUCGCUUUGGCUUUCUAUUCUGGUGUAUUUUCAUACAGUGGAUGGAAUUCGCUAAAUUUUGUAACAGAAGAAUUGAUAAAUCCUUACAAAAACUUGCCCCGAGCUAUUUUGAUCUCAAUGUUUAUGAUAACAACUAUAUAUGUAUUGGUGAAUAUGGCGUACUUUACUGCUUUAUCUGUGCCUGAAUUCUUAGAUUCCCCGGCAGUUGCAGUUACUUUUGCGGAAAUAGUCAUGAAACGAUUUGCAAUGGCAAUGCCUGUGUUUGUUGCAGUUUCAUGUAUUGGUGGUCUGAACAGCGUAAUAUUUUCUACAAGUCGAAUGUUUUUUGUUGGUGCCAGAGAUGGCCGAUUACCAGAACUAAUUUCUAUGAUUUCUGUCAAGUAUUUGACACCUUUACCUUCAUUACUUAUUCUCGGCAUAUUGUCGCUAGUGAUGCUGAUUACUUCAGAUGUUUAUGCUUUAAUCAGUUACUUAACUUUCACUGAAACACUUGUUAUAGCGUUUGCCGUGGCAGGUCUAAUAAAAUUGCGAUUUACCGAUCCUACUCUUCAUCGGCCUAUCAAAUAUAAUAUACUAUUCCCAGUGGUAUUUUUGGUAAUAUGCUUGGCCUUACUACUUCUUCCAUUAUUUAUUGAAGCUAUGGAAAUAAUAAUUGGAAUGUUGAUCGUUCUCAGUGGAGUUCCAUUUUAUUUUCUCUUCGUGUUCUGGACCAAUAAACCAGCUUGCAUGUACAGACCUUGGAGUAAGUAA